AUGCGUACUGAAUUGAAGUUCGAAAGCGUCUCUGGAGACAACACUCUUGAGGGCCGAGGCAAAGUCGUCGAUAUGGCUCACUUCCUCAAUAAGGAGCUUGCAUCCCUCGGAGUCGAAACAGACCUGGUCUCACUCGGUCCACAUGUCGACCGCGACGAGCUGCAACUCCCUCCGGUUAUUGUUGGACGUAUAGGGACUGAUCCGAGCAAGAAAACCGUCCUGGUCUACGGACAUUACGACGUGCAGCCAGCUGCACGCUCCGAUGGAUGGCACUGCGAACCAUUCCAGCUGACGGAAGUCGACGAUAUGCUCUACGGCAGAGGCAGCACCGAUGAUAAAGGUCCUGUACUUUGUUGGGUGAACGUCCUUGAAGCCUUCCACACCCUUGGAAGACCUCUCCCAGUGAAUCUCCGCUUCUGCUUCGAGGGCAUGGAGGAGAGCGGAAGUCAGGGCCUGGGAGAUUUUAUCACUUCAGAGGUCAAGAAGGGCGAUAAUGGAUGGUUCGACCACGUCGACUGUGUAUGCAUCUCGGACAACUACUGGCUCAACAACAGGACGCCGGCGUUGACUUACGGCCUCAGAGGCAUCGUCUACUAUGGCAUCACCGUCAGCGGACCAGAGAAGGACCUUCACUCCGGUGAAUUUGGCGGCAUGGUCUACGAGCCAAUGACCGAUCUGUUCGCGGUCAUGAGCCAACUCGUCAAUACGAAUGGCAAGAUCAAGAUUCCAGGACUGCAGGUAGACCCCCCUGACGAUGAAGAAAGGAAGCUGUACGAAAAGCUAGACUAUUCCGUGGACGAUCUGAAGGACGCAGUUGGCGGUGUCGACAUUGGUCUGAGCGACGACAAGGUGACCCUGCUAAUGGGACGAAUGCGGGAGCCAUGUCUGUCAAUCCAUGGAGUUCAAGGUGGCUCUUCUGACGAUAGUUCAAAGACGGUCAUUCCUCGCUCGGUCACUGGAAAGUUUAGCCUGAGGAUCGUUCCUCCCCAGACUCCGACAGAUGUAGAUCGAAAAGUACGCGAAUAUGUCAACCAGAAGUUUGAGGACCUUUGCAGCAAGAACACUAUGGAAAUUAGUAUGAUUGGUGAGGCCGGUGAAGCCUGGGAGGAUAACCAAAACCAUUGGAACUAUCAGGCGGCUGACCGGGCGACUCAGCGCAUCUAUAAAAUGCCACCUGAUUAUACCAGGGAGGGCGGGUCGAUUGGUGUCGUACUGACCAUCGCAAAAGCCGUCGGUGUUAACAUCUUACUACUUCCCAUAGGCCGCGGGGAUGACGGUGCUCACUCUACCGACGAGAAGAUCAACAAGUCAAACUUUAUAGAAGGAACAAAGCUUCAAGGGACUUACCUUUAUGAAUUAGCGAAAGCGCAAUGA